AUGGCGGAAGCUCUAGCAAAUCUAUCCCCUGGUGGAUACGACGAGGAGUUUGUUAACGAAGUGGAAGACGAUUUGCAAUGUGCAAUCUGCCAGUUAGCAUUGAAGGAUCCAAUGCUAACGAAGUGUGGUCACAGAUUUUGCAGACAGUGUCUCGACGAGCACUUUAUGAUUUUACGAUUUGUGAUUUAUUCGAACCGGAAUGUCUGUUUAUGCGAAUGGUAAAUGCCCUGUUCUAAAUGUAUAACUGCGAUAUAAAAUAAAUUUACAAUUACAGAACCCAGUCAAAGGACUCAAAGGAAUGGUUCAGUUUUAAAGGGGUUGUAAUUUGGGGUCUGUCCUCAGUAACCUUUAAAACAAGACAAGACAUGUUAUGAGAGUAUUAGAUACAUAUGAGUAUUACAUAAGUUAUAGAUGCGGGUCCUUGUUAAAGGAAGAAAUAGUUGUCUAAGUUUUUGAACCUGUUUCUCGUGAGCCAAGAAAAGCUAUAUCUGUCCUCUGGAGUUUCAUAUCGUAGGGAAAAACUGGCAGUGAAUGUCGUGAUAUGUGAAACCUUCAGGAACAUAACGCGAUCACGUCAUUAAUGGAAAAGCGCGAAUAAUUAAAUAAAAGUAACUGCUUUUGGUUCAAAAAUGAAUAUCUCAAAAGGCUUGUGACACUCCAAUCUUAUCUAAACGAGUAUUCCAUGUACUGAAUUAGCAGGCAACCUGAACACACUGUGAACAUGGAAAGCGACAGAUUCUUAGACACAGAGACAACUUGCGCUCUUUUGCAUAAGUCGCUUGUGAAGGUUUAAAAUGCAAGGUUGUCUCAAACAAUCCUAUCGAUACAAACAUUUUGUUUAAAUAUGCCUUAUAUCGCAAGUUCUAGUAUCGUUAUCCACUUUGCGCUAGCGAUUCAGUCGUAUUUGCCAUUUGUUACGCCAUGUUACGCUGCAUACAUAAAUACAAAACACCUGACCGCCGGGCUAGCUUUUCCUGUCAGACAUUCUAAGCAUAGCGUCUGUUUGCUUCUUUGUUUGUGUGGUUGGUUGGUUGGUUUUUUUUUGUUUUAAUUAGCAUUUGCACCUAUCUGAAGCUCUGACGUUUAGCAGCGUAGAAUUUAAAUGCCACAAGAGGAAAGCCAUGUUCAAAGGCUGCAUAAUUUUCUGACUUUUGAACUAACCCGGUGGGUACUCCCUUAUGCAAGCCAUAACGGUGUGUGCCGCCCCAAAGGGUAGGGUUUUGCGCUGUUUUGGUCUGAAAAAAGGGCAAUAACUUUGCCCAUUUUGGGCUGGAAUCGGGUAUUGUUUUCGAGGGAACUACGGAGUGUAUGAACAUAUUUAUCGUUUCAAUUCCAAAUGAUUAAGAAAGAAAGAGAAAUAUGCGAAUUCCUAUUUUCUUACUGUUCUUAUCUAAGUAAUGGUCACAUAAUUUCUAUGGUUUUUAGAGACCAGGUCUGAAAACGGGUGUGAAAAAUGACAUUUUUUGGUCUGCAAUAGGGUCAGGAUUUGGAGAACCGGGCGGCACACCCCCACCAAGAAUUCCUAGCAGUACCCCCGGGUGAACUAAAAACUGAUAUCGCUGAAUAUGAAAUACGCGACGUGGAGGUGCCGGGUACCCCAGAUAGGUGAGGUAACAUGUUGUGGGUCACCCCACCUAACAUGUAAACGUGAUCAAAUUAAAAUGAGAGAUUAUAUAGACAAACGGGUUACCCCACCUAAGCGGGUUACCUCACCUACCAGGGGUCCCCCACCUCCAUGUAAACAGGCCUUUGCAGAUUGGCGCAAAAUUAACUUAUAGCUAUAAGGGCAGGUAUGGAACCUUCUCCAAAUUCAGGAUUCACUUUUUCCUACAUAACAUCAUUAAAAUGUUGUAUCAUAUUACAUUAAUUUAUUUCUGCUCGUUUCUGAAAAUUUUUUCUCUAUUUUUUAAACAGUCAGCAAAGUGCUGGUGACCAGGUAACUUGUCCAGUUGAUCGAGGCAUUCUCAUACAAAACAGAGUAAGUGAAUUCAGGUUUUGUUGGCUUUAUGGAUUAAAGGAUCGUUAAGUGAAGUUCUAAGACAUUAUAGAUCAGACUUAAGUAAAUUUUAAGGUGUCAUUUCCCUUUUAAUUUCCCUUAUCAUGUCUUGUCUGCGGCUUUCUUUUGGACAAUGUCAAACGCUUCUACUGAGACGGGUUGCUCAUAAAGGGAGAAAAGACGUGGUACCGUUAGAUGAUAUAUAAUGCUAAAAUUAGUUGGGUUUGUUUGAUUAUAAUCAUAGUCAUGAUUGAUCAUUCUUUAGGACCUUUUCCCAGAUAAAGCAACAGAACGGAAGAUUCUUUCAUUUUUUGUCCAUUGCCCAAGUGAAGGAUGUCAGUGGAUUUGCGAACUUAGGUCCAAAGAUGUAAGUAAGAUUUUGAUUUCAAUUUGCAUUUCGCCAAAGGAAAUAAACGCAGUGAGAAAAAUAAGUGAUGCAAUGCAGCGGGAAGAUAGCAUGGGAGACAAAUCAGUCAGUUAGUACACUACAAAUAAUAAAACAACCUUCCUCUAACAUACUUUUAUCGUCUAACGUAAUAGAAUAUUCGCAGGCUUUUGAUAAUCCUUUUGUUCAAAAAUUGAUGCAUGAAGAGUUUUAUUGGACCUCUUUCUACCUUUUAAAGGUUCAUCUGGAAUCGUGCCCCCAUAAGGUUGUUUCCUGCCCAAAUGAAAACUGUAACAAGACAAUGACCAGGAAUAAUUUACAAGCACACGUGACUACAACGUGCCCAUGGAGAAUUCUUCAAUGUUGUCACUGUAGCGAUUUAUAUCCGGCACGCAAAACUAAGGUAAACGUUUUUUUUAACUAUUAUGUAUAUUAAUUAUUAAAAUCAUUCAAAGUGAAUCAUGUCAGAAAACUACAUUUCCAUUCAAGUAAAGGGGAGGAGGGGCUUAAAAUCGGAUAUCGUAUGUUUUUGUUUACAAGUAGAUGAGCCUAACAGGGCGGCUUAUUAGAAGGGGGGACGCCUAUGAGUGGAAGCUCACACAUAAGUGAAUGAACAAUAAUGUCAGCUGUCUCACAGCGCUCUUGAGAAAGCUGUUUAAGGUGGCUUGACUGGCCAAUUUUGUUCUCAUGACCCUUAAAACUUCGUUCCAAAAUAUUUCCAAAACUCUGUCAUAGAAACUGUGCAAACUUUGCCAUAAUCGAGGCAGUGAAGGGAGGCACGAGUUCCCUUAAGCGAUUUCCAAAAAAAGAGAUCCUGGUUCCGAGAAAUACAAAGGCAAGUUAAAAACGUAAUGGCGUCAUUACGUUGCCAUGCUGACUCCGAUGUCAAUAAAACAUAAAUCAUUACAAAUUUUCAUCUUUAUCAAGAGCCAUAAUGGGAGUAUGGCUCUUGUCUUUGUACAAUACAGCUGUGGUAACUUUUUUCCCGAUAUUUUUGUUAAUGAUGACGUAGUAAAUGCUCAAAAUCUCUAAAAAAUCUGGUCGAGCCACCUUAAGUUACAAAAGAUAAAUUUGAUGGCAUUUCAUUCAACAGGCUCACGAACUUGACUGUAAGAGAAAACCGCUAAACUGCCCAAAAAACUGCGGCGCUGUCGUCCCACAAGAAGAGGUAACGCCGAGUUCAAGAUUUCACUUUUAGAAAACGAUAAUGAGUAGACUAAUAGGCCCUCUGCAACUAGCAGUGGGGGCCCGCUCCCCCAGCCCCCUUCCCCCCCUUAUUUUUAGACCAAACUGAGGCCUGAAGGGCCGGAAAAAAAAUUUCUAGAGACCAGGCUGCCCCCUUAUCUCAGGGUCUGGAUGACCGGGCCCCUCGUCUUAUCUGAAGGUCUGGAUCGGGCACUGACUAGUCCUUUACGUGGUAAGAGCAAGGGCCGAACUGGAAAAAGGCAAACAAAGAGCUCUUCUCAUUCAAAAUAGUACAUCAGUUCUUUGUUUGCCUUGUCACAGUGCGUGUCUUGCUCUCACGUACGACGGUUUUGUACCACGUGAAGGGCCCAUGGUUUUAGUAGAAACCAACACUUUUGGCGUUCGAUUCUAUUUCAAGUUUUGGUGGAAAUGUGUGUAAACGAGCAAACAACUUACUUACUUACUUGUAACAAAUAAACAACUAAAUUUUUGUACUUACCAUUAAAAUAUUCAUUCCCCAUUUUGAGCUACUUUGGUUGUUCCUGGUCUAGUAUCGCUUUGAUUAGUUUAUCUACUUUUUCAUCAAAUACGAUUUGUCAUUGUUUAUCUUUUUGUUCAAAACGAUGGUACACUGCUCAAUCUCUAUAACACUAUAGGUUAGUGAGUUAAAAUGAGAUUGCAGGAUUCUUGAAACUAUACCAGGUAAUUUCGACAGUUUUGUUGCAAGAGGGUCUCAAUGGGGUUAAGCGAUAGGCAUGAAACGGCCAAAAAUUUAGUCGCUAGCCGUAAAAAUUGAAAAAUUUUAACCGUUAACCGUAAAUAGGGUAAACAAGAGUUAACCGUAAAAGAAAGUGUUCCCCAGAUUUGUUAAUUUUAAGGAAGGUGCUAGACUCACUUAUGGUUGCUUUCCGGGCUACUUUGACUCCGUACGCACGUUAGGCCAAGCGCCAAGCUUUUAGGUUUUGACGUAGACCUCAGUAGGCGCCAUUUCCGCCGCUCUCUCGGGAAACUAACUUUUUCCAUAGCGAAAAUCAAUCUAGCUUCUUGCUGGGGAUAAUGUUUGCGAUUUUCAUGAGGUCGUGCCCUGUAAAUACUAGUGAAACAACAAGCAGAAUGACACUCAGUUGUAAAACACGUUGCCGAUAAACAACAAUUCCCUGUUUUUCUCUGACGCUACGGUAGACAUUGCCAUGCCUAGUCCCUGAACGGGUCUUUCCACGCAAUCUCGGUCAAGGCAUUUCGGUGGCGUAUCUGAGGAAAGUAACUGGCUUAGACCACGUGACCCGAAACGCAUUAGCCGCGCGGAAUAAUGCCAGAGGCCUAUGGACAAGGCAAUAGCAGACAGUCGGUCUGUACUCCUUCGCUAUCACUAAAAACGAUGGACACGGGAAUUUUGUUAUUCGCCGUUUUCAUACUAGAGCUAGAAAUGGAUUAUCCGUCUGAGACUAGCUUGUGUACAGUCGCCCCCUCCCCCCACAGACACAUCUUCUCCGAUUUUUUCUGAGGGAAGGGGGCAGCUGUACACAGGCAAUUUGAAACGGAUAAUCCAUCUUCGUAUUGUCUGUAAAAAUUGACGGAUAAAGUCAGGUGUAUCAUUCAUUCAAAAUUAAAACCAUUCCAUUUUCAAAUUAAGACGUAUUACCUGUCUGACGCGAAUUAUCAAAUGGAUAACCCAUCUCACACGAACAAUCCGUCUUUAGUGUGAAAACGGCUUUUUCUGGUAUAUGAAUGUCGCGCCCCAGGCCUUGAGUUGAGUGUUUGCGUGUCUUCUUUUGCUUUUUGACAAAGAUUUUUUUAAAUUGACCAUUGACAUUUCUAUGCGCAAAGUAAUAUUGGAAGUAGAAUACUUUGUAAAACGUAUGAUCUAUCAAAUGUUAACUUUUUUUCAAAAAAAUAGCUUAUUUCAUCCCGAGAUGAUCCUAAGACCUUUAUUUUGCUUUCAAGAUACAAAAAAUAUAGUUUUAUUAACAUUUAACUUUUUGAAACAAAAGAAAUUAACUUUUAACUUUUUUGUUGACCAUAACUGAAAAAAAUUAACCGGUAGCCGUAAAAGAGCCAAAAUUUUAGUCGAUAACCGUUAAAGCCGUCACCCCAUUGAGACCCUCUUGCAAGGCAGAAGAAGGGUUUUUCCCACCCGCUCUCCCUGGGCCCGGUUGUUCGAAGGCCGAUUAGCGCUUAACCCGGGGUUAAAUUUAACCCGGCUUUCUUUUUCUUGUGUUCAAAAGCAUUUUCUCGGAUAAUGUUCUCUGUUAUUUUUAGAGCGUCCAUUCUUCAACUUGUAGACAAAAAGAAUUAAAACUGAAAUGCUUUUUAAGCUUUUAAAUCUUGAUUCAAAUCUCGCACUAACCCUGGGUUAUCUUAACCCAGCUUUGAACAACCCGGCCCUCAGGACUUUAUUCCUCAUCAUGUCAUUUCACUCAUGCUCAGUGGUAUGGAAUAUGAUACUUUUUCUUUUCAUUAAAGCUAUUAACGCACGAUGAAAAAGACUGUCCGCUGACCAUAACGCCAUGUCCGUAUGCUCAAAUGGGGUGCACAACAAAGGUUAGUUAAGCUUCAUUCAGAAUAGAACAAUUUCCUUGAUAAAUUUUCAUUUUAAGUGUAAAAAAAGUAUGGCGAUUUUUCUUUCUUUUUCUCCAUCGUUUUUUUAAGCCAGUGCGUUGAUCUUCACUUAUAAUUUAUUACGAUAUGUCAAUAACAACGAAUACAGUAAAAACCCGCAUACAAGAACGUGUGGAUUAGGAACACCCAGGCUGAAAUUUGGUAAAAAAGGAGCAUAUAUAUAAGAACAAAUUCAGGCUGAAAAUUGAAAAUUGUUCUUAUAUAUAAAAACUCUUCCCUUUUCAGUUUAAUAGAACAGUGUCUGUAGCUUUACUGUGGUAUUGCACUAAGAUUUCUGUAUAAAUGCUCACUAGUAAUUUUCUAGUUAAAUUUUCUCUCAAAGUUAUGUAUUUCAUCAUAGUUAGUAAAUCCCUUACAUUUUUUUAGAAGUAAAAAAUGAAGAACACUUAAGAACACUUUCAGGCUGAUUUCACCUAAAAUACCCGAUAUAUAAGAACCCAACCAGCCUGAACCCCGAAAAUGGGUGUUCUUGUAUGCGGGUUUUUACUGUAAUUGCAUGAAUCCCAUUAACUCAAUUCACGCUUCGGUCGGCCAAUGAGAGUAAUUAGGAUUUAGAUUUUAUAUUUCAAUCUAGUCAUUUCUUUCACGUACAAUAUUUCUUAAUCAAACAAAAGUGGACUUAACUGGUGUCACUUGGGAGAAAUUAGUUAUGCAGACAGGAAGGGCGUAUAGUAUCCUUUAGCACAAAAGUCUUUUUUAUUGCAGGUUCAACGGAAAGAGAUUGAAAACCAUCUUCAGGAAGCUGUACGACCACAUGUUGACUUGGCUUUUGCAAAACUAACUAGCACACAAGAGGAGUUGAAAAGCUCUCAGGAUUUAACAAGUAAACUUAACGAGAAGUUUAAUGCCCUAGAAAGGCAAUUUGAAGAGCAACAGGGUAGUCUUCAUAGUCUGUUAAGCAAUGACCAUAGGGAAAAGGUCAAUGCACUUGAAAAAGAAGUAAGAACUUUUAAAAAAAAAGCAAUAGAGCUGCAAAAUAGAGUGGAAACACUGGAGAUGAUUGUUAAGGACGGCUCUAAGAAAGGAGAUUCAAUGGAGAAAAACCUUCGCCCGCUUCAGAAACCUUCAAAUCAAAUGCGGACGAUCGAGCAUAAAGGAAGUAGAUGCAUGUCUAACGAUUUUGCCAUACUGCCAAGAAGGGAAAUUUGCUCCGACAUUAACCCCGGUUUUUGGACAAAAGAGUGGAAGAUUCAAGGCUUCAGAGGAUUUCUUAAACGGGCCGAAGAAGAGGGACACGAGAUACAGAGUAAUCCGUUCUUCUUGGGUCAAAAGGGUUAUAAAGUUAAAUUGGGCCUAGGUAUUUCAGGUUCUUACCUCAACAUCCACUUUGUAAUAAUGAAAAGUGAAAACGACGUCAUAUUACCAUGGCCUUUUUCUAAAAUGGUUACUUAUAAAGUGAUUGAUCAACAGAAAAAUCCACAAGCAUGUGACGAUUGGACUACUCCAUUUGACCCUUCUUCUACAGACGCCAGGUGGAAGAAAAGUUUCGUGCGGCCUAACCUAGAAGAGAAUCCUCGAUGGACCAACCAAAUUCCGCUAUCUCGUUUAAGUGAAAGAGAUUACCUUUCGAACGACACCGUAAUUAUUAAUAUAUUAUUUACUCGAGGAUGGUGGAGCGGAAUAUAGUUUGAAAAUUACUUGACCUCUUAUAUUUUUCUCGGCGGCAGUAACUUUGAAAUUGGUUGGAGCCAUUGACUUGGAGAGAAAAAACAUGUCACAUAUAUGACGUCAGCAGCGGCUUUUUUAAAAUCAUUUUUCCAAAAGUAGGCUUCCGUUCAUUAAUUAAGUAAUUUUGCUUGGGCAGUCGUUU